CACUUUCUCAUUACCCGAAGUCCUUGAUUUGGAUCACCUCUUCGCCUCGUUGCCCCUCAAAUUCCCGUGCUCCAUCGCUGAAAGCACAAGCGAGCCGCCCAGUUCUCCCAUUUUAGUCAAGGGCCAUGUCUUGGUCUUGGAUGCGACCAUGCGCGACCACCCGAACGAUGGAGGUGCGACCGAGCGGUGGCGCGCGUCGCCCAGCGCUCAGGAGCCUUCCUGCGCCACGCGCCCAUGCACCACACCAGGGCCCUAACCUUUUGAGCUCGACUGACUGCACGACCAUGAACGCUGCGGCUGUCUACUAAAGCUGAGCUCGGGCUCAUAGGUGCUGGAGACAGCUCUCCCCAGCCCCAACCCCAACUCCAGUCCCCACUCCUCUUGCACACGUUUGAUCUAGCUGUUCUUACUGUCUACUACUCAUUGCGGCGCGAGACAUCUCCCCUCUCUCCCCUUUCCCCUUCCUCAUCCUCCACCAUGCCAGCUAAGCAGGCGCCUCUCCCCGUCCUCAUCGUCGGCAAUGGGCCGGUCGGCCUACUCACUGCUCUCGCCCUUGCUAAGCAGGAUGUCGAGGUCAUUCUCAUCGCGCGGCACAUGCGCCGUCUCGGUGUGCCCAAGGCUCACGCGCUGUCGCCCCGCUCUCUCGAGAUCUGCCGUCAGCUCGGCCUGCCGGUCGCUGAGAUCCGCCGCCUGCCGGCUCACCGCAACGAUGCGCGCUGGGUGCGCUUCAUGACCAACUGUUCUGGCCAGCUCGUUGGCACACUUCCGUACGAGAACAUGGGCCUUGACGUUCUCGACCACACGCCAGAGAUGGUGCACAACGUCGCGCAACCCGAUCUGGAGGCCAUUAUGGAGUACAUGCUCGACGCUGAGGUCAACGUCGACUACCGCCUGGGUUGGACGUGGAUCAGCCACGAGGAGGUCACGCGUAACGGCGAGACUAUCUGCGUGUCAACGGUCGAGGACACGUACACGGGCGAGGAGAUGCAGGUUGAGUCCUGCCUCGUGGUUGGAUGCGAUGGCGCCAACUCGCGCGUCCGUAAGGCUGUAGGCAUCUCGUCCGAGGGUGAGGAGACGGCCGACACCAUGAUCACCAUCCACUUCAGCGCCGAUCUGCGCCCCGUUGUCGGCGACAAGGUCGGCAUGCUCUACUGGAUUCUCGACCCUGAGGCGCGUGGCUUUAUCAUUAGUUACGAUAUCGAGUACAACCACGUGCUUAUCCACAACAUUGACCCCGACGUGACCCCGCUAUCAACGUUCACACCUGAGAAGUGCAUGAACAUUGUGCGCGCGGCGAUCGGCACCGACAUCCCCGUCGACUUCAACUGCUCGAUGCCUUGGAUCCUCCGUCGCAAGGUAGCCAACAACUACUACCGUGGCCGUGCCGUGCUCGCAGGAGACAGCGCUCACUCGUUCCCUCCCACCGGAGGCCUGGGUCUUAACUCGGGCAUUGCCGACGCCCACAAUCUCGCGUACAAGAUCGCCGCCGCGUAUCACGGGUGGGGCCAUCUCCCCACGCUGCUCAAGAGCUACGAGAGCGAGCGUCGACCGGUUGCCCUCCACAACUCGAUCCAGUCGGUCAAGAAUGGCAAGAAGAUCUUCCAUCUCCUGAAGGCUCUUCGCAACACUGGCCCGGACAUUCCUUCCGCCCGCCUUGAAAUGAUGCGUGCACUGAACGACCCUCAACAGCGCAACUAUGUCCAGGCGCUCAUUCAGGACCAGGCUGAGCACUUUGACAACCUCAACCGUCACCUCGGCUACGUGUACGAGCCCGGAUGGACACCUCAGCAGUCGCAGGUGUACAAGCCGCAGUACCGUCGUGGAGCGCGCUUCGCCCACGCUUGGAUCAAGUCCAAGGUGCCCGGUGUGAUUCCUCCCCUCGACCCCGUGGACCUGUCGUACCUCGACGACUUGUCCAACUCCAAGGCCAAGGACUGGAACUUUAGUGUGCUCGACAUUGUCCCUCUUGGCCUCUACACCUUCUUCUACUCGGGGUCGACGUGGGGCAAGAAGAUACCUGUGCUGCGCCAGAUGUUUGCACAGCAGGGCGUGCCGCUCAAGGUCGUCGAAGUCGGCAAGGACUUUGACUUUGUCGAAAAGAAACCCGGCAAGGCGUGGAUGGAGGGGUACGGGACGAGCAAGAGCGGCGGCGUGCUCGUGCGUCCCGACCAGCACGUGCAGUGCGUGGUGGCGGGCAACGAGCUGCCGCAGCGCAUCCUCGACGAUGUGCUCCGCACGCUCGGCCGGCAGUACUAGACUGGCGCAGAGAGUCGCAGCGAGUGCCUAAUAGAGGGGGCCUCGCUUGAUUGAGAUAUGGGAAAACGGGAGACCCGCGGGGCGGGCACGACAGCUGGCGCGGUAACACGUCACGACGAGUAUUAGCAUGGGUUCUGGAUUUGGGCAUCGGCAUUGCAUGUAUACACUAGCUUCGGGGAGUACGGAGCGGGCAUAACUUUGUCGCAGCUCUGGGACGACUGGAGUCGACACAUGGUUACACGUGUGGUGCUUGAGGUGUGGCGCAUCACACGGAAGAACGAGUGGAUGAACGCCUCCAGCACGACGUGCCACAACUCACGCGCCACCAUGGCCCGUGCCCG